AUGCUGUCAGCCCAUGGGGGGGCGCCCAGCGGAGGCGGCGGCGGCGGCGGCGGCGGCGGCCCUCGGCCUUGGCGCUCAGGGGCUGCUGCUGCCGCUGCUGCUGCUGCGGGGGGGCCAGUGGGGGCCAGCGCCAGGGCCCGCCAGCGCCCUCCGACGGAGCUCGAGCCCAGGCUCCGCAGCGAGAGGGAGAGGCGCAGCGGGGAGGAGGCGCCCUCGCUUGAGGCUCCGGUGCGGGCAGCAGCUGCGGCCGGGCUGGGCGCUAGCGGGUCCCGCAGGUGCCGCCGCCGCCGGGCAAAGGCGGCGGCGGCGGCGGCGGCUUCUCGGCAGGCUGACGAGAGAAGGCGGGAGGAAGGGAGCCAGCGAGAUGGAGGCGCAGGCGGGGCAGGAGGCACCAGGCAGGGACGGCCGCUCGGAGAUGAGGCUGCCGCUGCCGCCGCCGCCGCCGCGUCCCCAGCUCUGACCCCGAUCGCGGCGGCGACAGCGAAGCGAGGGCCCGGGGCGGGAGAGCUGGCUGGCCGCCCGCCUAGGGAGAGGGGAGCCGGGCUGGGGCGGAGCCAGAGCGCGCGCCGAGCAGCCAAUGGAGGCGCCGGGCGGGCGGUGAGGCUGGAAGGGGGCAGGCGAGAGCUUCGCCUGAGCCCCGGAACCGACUCAGCAGCACGCCCGCAGCCCCAGCAGGCGAGCGUGCCUCUGAGCCUGUGCAGAGCGCCCUUCCACCGCCCACCGGGCCCCCGGGAAACAUCCUCUGCCCGCCUUCAAGAGGCACUAAAAGCAAAAUGGUCCCCAAAGGCGACCCGGGAGAACACAACGGGAUUGGCCGGGAGGAGGGCAGGCGCUGGGCAGUCCCGCCGGAGAAGAGAUGCUGGGAGGGCCGCCGCCGCCGCCGCCGCCGCCUCCAGCCUUUUGCCCCGGUCGGCUGGGCGGCCCUCCUUGCGAGGGGCCCUCCAGGACACUACCGACCCGGUGGGGGCCUCCCUUGGUUCCGACGGUCUCCAGAGGCGCACAUUUGCUGGGAAGGGCCUGGCCUCUCCGGCAGGCCUUCCUCAGCUGGCCAUUGCGGCAGCAUUGCACAGCCCCUUAGAAAUCUGCAGCACUGGGAUCUGCAGUGCCAACCACCGGGCAGAGCCAUGGCGAGGAACCAACCGGGGCUUCAUAGCGCCCGGCGGCCUCAAGCUCCAGGGGAGAGAGGCGGCUGUUCCCACCCCCUUGGCUACGCGGGCGGCCCUCUCCCUCCCUCCCCUACGGGCCAGGAGGGACGCCGCUGGACCCCUCGACAGCUGA